AAAAAGGAGAAGAUACAAGAAAACAAUAACAGGAAGUAGAUGAAAAGCAUUCCUGGCUAUGAUGCGGUUGAUAUUCGUUUCCUUCAUACAUCUAUCUCCAGAAGCGUUCCCAAUCUGCCAAUUGAUCAACAGCUCUCGGCAGCUCCGCUAGGGAAUCCGCGCCUCAUUCAGAGGAAUCAUCCUUUUACCAGGAAAAGGGAUAAAGAAAUAGAUAAAUUGAAAAAUUGAAAAUAAAAACCGCAGCCAUGUCUUCCUCACCUACACCCAUGGACCAUCCGGCCUACGAGGUCCCCGCGGAAACCCUCAACCACUUCCAAUCGGACCCCUGGACCUCCAGCUUCCUUAACCUCUCCACCCACACCGCCGUAGAAACAUACUCCAGAUCCUCCGACCUUUCAACCGGCGAAGACGCCUUCUUUGCCCACACAAUCGGCUCGCUAACCACAAUCCCCUACUGCCUGACCCUGCGCAAGAAGCACCCAGACACACCCCCGACAAAACCGCCAUAUACGACUUUCCCCCCCCCGGCCACAGGCCCCAACGCACCCAAGACAACCCCAAUCCAUUCAAGCAAAGUCGACCUCUUCGCGCUCUUCGCGCUCGGCUCGCCGGGCAUAAGCGGCCACCCAAGCACAGCACACGGCGGCGUUGUCGCCACCUUACUUGACGAAAUCAUGUCCCUAGCCGUCUCGCUACAUAUCCCGGGCUACCACGAGAACGAGGGCGUGGAGCGCGCGCGGCUAUACACGGCGCAGCUGGAUAUUAGGUACCGGAAACCCGUGCGGGUUCCCGGCAUGGCUGUUGUGAAGGCGUGGUGUGUGGCGAGGGAGGGGCGGAAGGUUUUCAUGCGCGGACAGCUUGUGCAGGAGGAAGGGGAGGCUAAGGGGAGGGGGAAGGGCCAGCUUGAAUGGGUUAAGAGGAAGAUUGUUUGUGCGGAGGCGUAUGGGGUUUGGGUGCAGGCAAGGGCGGGGAAGUUAUGAUUCUUACGGUUUUUCUUUUUGGAUUUCACUGCAUAUAUAUUUAUAGAAUUAUUCUUGUAGGUACUCUUGUAGAACUGGUCUCGAGGGAUUUGAGGGACGAUGGACAAGUUUGUACAGGGGCAUAGAUAAUACGUUACCCUCGCCCUAUCCAUAGAGGUUACUUGGCGCAUUUUAUUGGAUAUUUUCUUUCUGAUCAGAUCACGGAGCGAAUGCAUGCGCCCUGCACUCUUAUUACAGCACAUAACCUCCUCGAAUUCGGCUUCGCAAAAAGACGCAAUGAAUCAAUUAGUCCGAACUUUCUUUUACAAUUUUUACUCUCCUGUUUAGUUAUACUGUUAUCAUUACUUCAGGAUAGUCUUAUGGUCAG